CUCAGUACUCUGUGGACUAGGUGCAGAGGUUCUGUCCUCAACUCAACACUUGCUACAACCUCUAUACAGUCUACUGUCUGUCCACUAUGGAUCUGUCUACCUCUUCCUCCUUGUGGGCCUAUGGUUCUGUCUGGUUCUUCUUCUCCGUUUUGGUCUUUUUUAAAUUUUCCCAUUCUGACAUGGUCCUAACACCUGCUCUGCUGGUGUAUUUCUUCCUCCUGGUGAUCUUUGAAUGGUUCUGUCACCUGUAUCUCCCAAUCGUGCUGGGAAUGGUCCUUCUCAGUUCUGCGUGUUGGUAUGUCCUGAGCAUCGCCUCUCCAAGGAGGAUGAUGCCGGUAGCAGGCAAGGCUGUAUUCAUUACAGGGUGUGAUUCAGGUUUUGGAAAAGCUGCUGCCCAUAAAAUGGAUCAAAUGGGCUUCAGAGUAAUCGCAAGUGUUUUGGACCUUCAAAGCCCAGGUGCCCAGGAUCUCCAAAAGAGAUGCUCAGAUAGGUUAACCCUUAUUCAAAUGGACCUGACCAAAUCUGAAGACAUAAAGAGAGCACAUCAAAUCAUAAGGGAUAAAACAGCUGACGUUGGGCUGUGGGCGCUGGUGAAUAAUGCCGGGUUCUGUGCUCACUUUGGAGAUGCCGAGCUGUCACUCAUGUCCACCUACAGAGGCUGCAUGGAAGUCAAUUUUUUCGGAACACUUGAAAUUACCAAAACAUUAUUACCAAUGAUACGUUCCUCCAAAGGACGGAUUGUGACUCUUAGCAGCCCUGCCGGUGAACACUCAUUUCCAUUUUUGGCUGCGUAUGGCUCCUCCAAAGCUGCCCUGAGCCGAGUUAUGGACACAUUUCGUCAUGAGCUAAUGCCCUGGGGGGUGAAAGUCAGUGUGAUACAGCCAGGAUCCUACAGAACAGGUGCUCACGACAACAAAACGCACUGGGAGAAACAGCACAAAAAGCUGCUGACAAGUCUACCAAGUGAAUUGCUCCAAGAAUAUGGAGAAGAAUAUAUCGGCGAAACCCAGAACUUGUUUCUCACUUAUGGAAAUACAGCAAGCACCGACUUCAGCCCAGUGUUAGACAGUAUCACAGAUGCCAUACUGUCCGAGGAACCAAAAGUGAAAUAUUAUGCUGGCAAAAAGCUAUGGCUAUUGUAUUUCAUUGGCAUUUACUUACCACACAGUAUCAGUGACAGCUUCUUCAAAAGUAUCUUUGUAAAGAAUAAGGCUAUGCCGAGAGCACUUCAAAAGCAGAAGAACAACGAAUGAGAGAAACCACGUAUUGCAGUCCUUGAACAAAGUCUCUGGGAACCAACCUGGUGAUUUGCAUUCAAGAACGUUGUAUAAAAGUCUAGUUCCUCCUCAUCUCUAUUGAGGAACGUCUUCAUAAUUUUGUACAAUACUGCAGAAAAAGCAUCACUGAACAUUGCUAAUAUGAUAAGGACAUUUCUUUGUCCUGUCUGCAUAAUUAAAAGUGCCUGUCUAGAAGUUCUGGAAAGAGGUUAAAACAUUUCUGAUGUUUCUUUGGUCUUUGCCGCCUCCAUUGUGUCUUUCAUUCCAGUGAUACUUUCUGCUCUUGAUUGGAAUGGCCAAAUGAAGAAUAUUUUGUAAAUGUGGGCUAUGUCAUAAGUUAUGGUCUGUCUAAAACACAGCAAUGAAUGGAACACUAAGCAAUGAAUGGAACACUAAGUGCUCAUGUCAUUCAUUUGAGAUGAUCGCCUCAUUAUGAUUUUGGUCAUUUUAGUGUUAUGUCACAGAUCUGGCUUGUCUAUCUUUUCAGUUUUCAUGAUUGUUUUAUAAUUGUUAUUUUACUUUUAUUUUUAAAUAUAGUUAUGCCAUGAUUGAUGGAAAAAAAAAUUAAUUAGACAUCAUAUAGUACCUGACAUCCUCUUUCUAACAAAGCUAGAACCAGCCCUGUAUCUCACUUGGAUCCAGAGAUCUCCAUGUUCAUUGCUCCAAUUGUUCUGCUACAUUUAUUUCAAGGGCAUAUCCUUUCACAGGAGGCAUGUCCUUUCUGCUGCAUCUCUGUCCCUAUCACAGCUCACAGUGUGUGUUCUUUGUGCUCCAGCUCUCUCUCUAUCAGAGCUCUGGGGAGGUGUCCUUAUGAUGUAGCUCUCUACCUAUCACAGAUCAGAGGAGUGUUCUUUGUGCUCCAGCUCUCUCUCUAUCAGAGCUCUGGGGAGGUGUCCUUAUGAUGUAGCUCUCUACCUAUCACAGAUCAGAGGAGUGUUCUUUCACAGGAGGUGUGUCUUUUCUGCAGCAGCUCUCUCCCUGUAACUGUUACAGCUUCUAACAGUAGAUAUGGCUGGUAGCAGUUCAGCAAUGGAAGUGAGAAUGUGCGACUACCUCGAUAGGUGGACAGCAGGAGACACCAUUAUAAUAAAGUGAAUAUCUCAUAACUGGGGCAUUUUAGUACAAAGUAAAUGAGCAUGGUGGCUAAGUGGUUAGCACUGUUGCCUUGCAGCGCUGGGGUCCUAGGUUCGAAUCUGACAAAGGGCAACAUCUGCAUGGAGUUUGUAUGUUCUCCCCGUGUUUGCGUGGGUUUCCUCCGGUUUCCUCCCACACUCCAAAGACAUACUGAUAGGGACCUUAGAUUGUGAGCCCCAUUGGGGACAGUUGGAUGAUAAUGUCUGUAAAGCGCUGCGGAAUAUAGUAGCGCUAUAUAAAAUAAAAAUAACUUGUUUUUAAUGCUGGAGUAUAUUAAAAUAACAGUUAAUGGUGGCGCAACCCCUUUAAAUGCCUUUUUAUAUUUUGUAAGUAUAAUGAGUUGGGCUUUCAUUGUAAGUGUAGACCAUUUAAAGUGCCUUCUCAGAACUGUAAGUCAUAUUCUGGAGAAGCAACGUAACAACUGCAAAAACAACUGAAUUAUCUUCAGGUCACAGAAUGACUACAUUUUAAGGGGUCACUUACUAUUCUUAAAUACGCCUAAAUUAGGCGUGUUUCAGGCGCCUCUACAUAACUCCGGCGGAUCCACCACCAGUUUAGGGCUUUAUUAAGACCGGCGUCUAAAACACCGGUCCUAAUAAAUGUGCCCCUUAAUUCCUAUGCACAGUUCUAUUGGGGGAGCCGUGUCACAUUUCAGAGAUUUCCAUGUAUACCACAGUGGACCAGGGAUGAUGAAAUGUUACAAAAAAAAUCCAUCCAGAAGAUCUGUUAUCUGGAGUACAAAUAAAUAGUGAGGGCCAUAGAAGAAGGGUUUCUAGAAGUGUGGUAAGUUCUGUGAUGAAACCUUGGUCCUUCCGGUGGGACCUUUUACUAAUGUAUCAAUGCUGUUUUCUUCUAGUCAAUGUCUGGCCAAUUCUAGGCAACAUCCAACUGAAGGAUUCUUCAGCCAUGAAAUUAAUUCCUCUGAGCUCCCUCUAAGAGGCUUCUCCAAUAUGGACGAAUGUGCCUAAUGCUCUCUAUGAUGGAUAUGUACCACCAGCGUCAUUCAUCUUGGAGAUACCAUCAAAUUGGAAAACCCAACCUGUCCGACUAUAUUUAGUCGAUGCUAGAUUGUAUCUAACUGUAGCCAUAACUGUGUAAAGAUAGCUUGAACUUGAAGAAUGGACAGUAGAGGAAAGUAUUCUUCGUCAAAAUUAUUAUUAUUUUUUUUAGAUCAGCCAAAUAUUGUAAGUCUUACUUCUGCUCUGAGACGUUCAGUUUGAUAAUCAGAAGGGUUCAUGUUAUUAUACUAUAUUAUGCAUAUUAAGUAAAUCAUUUUAUUUCUGUCUAUGAUUGUAUUACGGGAUUAUCCGGAUAUAUUUGUUGCACUGCUUUUAUGUAAAAUAGAGAGAAUAGGGCUGACAGCCGACAGAAAGAGCUGAUUUGUGGGGGGUGCCGGGGGUCAGCCACCGAACAUUGAAAGAGACUAUAAACCAUGCUGGAAAUGUAAUGUAGCCUAUCAUUCUGUCUGCAUAAAACCACUCGCUACAAAAAUGAUGAUUUACAGAUCAUGUUAGAAAUCCUACUUCUGUGAUGUGUAUGUUGUGUUGUGGCAGUUAUUAUGCUUUACAAAUAUGGAGAUUAUUUUUCUAAAUCAUUGUUCUGCCUCUCCUUGUAAAUUGUCUCUAGUUUCUAAAACAAAAUAAAGGUUUUUAUUUUUUCAUAAAA